GACGGAUUCUCAACUCAUCAUUACAACAAACACAACCGUCGCUACAUUUUAAGUUUUCCAGUGUUCUUAGUAUUUGAGAAACCCUACGUAGUUACAGAGAUGGCGCAAUAUGGUGACCAGUACGGCAGGCAGACCGACGAGUACGGCAAUCCCAUCCGCCACACCGACGAGUAUGGCAACCCGGUUCAUCACCGUCCCGGAGGGACUGAGCAGUACGGCACCACCGGAGCAUAUGGGACUACUGAUCAGUAUGGGACCACCGGCACCACCGGUGCUUACGGGGGGGGCCCCCCCCGCCGCUCUGGCAGCUCCAGCAGCUCGUCAUCGGAGGAUGACGGGCAAGGUGGGAGGAGAAAGAAGGGGCUGAAAGAGAAGAUAAAGGAGAAGCUGCCUGGAGGCGGACACAGGGAUGAUCAAGCUCAUUCCGGCGCAGCCACCACCACCCCAGGCGGUGGUGGUUAUGGCUAUGAGCACGGGGGAGAGCACGAGAAGAAGGGAAUCAUGGAUAAGAUCAAGGAGAAGCUGCCGGGCGGCCACCACCAUUAGUCAAAUAUAUUAUCAUAUAUAGGUGUUUGCAAUAAGGCAUAUGCAUGCAUCAGCUUGUCUGAGAAGGCGUGUGAGUGUGUACCGUAUGCGUAUAUUUAUACCUAUGUAUUUAUGUUUUAAUUUGUGGGUUGUGUUUUGAUUUGGAUACAUGUACGAUGUUAUUUUUAUGUGUGACUGUUGAUAUAUAUAUAUAUACGUGUAUACAUAGUUUUCAUGUUAAUUA